AUGGACAGCUCCUCCGGAGCAUGGCCCCUGAACGGCUCGGCGAGCCAAGAGAAGGCAGUCGAAGAUCAGCUCCCGGGGAGGUUCUCGACCAUGUGGACCAUCGCCUUGGCGGUCCUCAUGGCUCUGCUGAUCGUGGCCACGGUGGUGGGAAAUGCCCUGGUGAUGCUGGCAUUCGUGGUGGACUCCAGUCUGAGGACGCAGAACAAUUACUUCCUUCUGAACCUGGCCAUCUCCGACUUCCUAGUAGGUGCCUUUUGUAUUCCCCUGUACAUACCCUAUGUGCUGAUCGGGAGAUGGACCUUUGGAAGAGGCUUUUGCAAGUUCUGGCUGGUGGUUGAUUAUUUGCUGUGCACUACUUCGGUUUUCAACAUCGUGCUGAUCAGCUACGACAGAUUCCUCUCUGUGACAAGAGCGGUCUCCUACCGAGCUCAGCAAGGAGACACCAAGCGAGCCCUGUUCAAGAUGGUGAUGGUGUGGCUCUUAGCCUUCUUGUUAUAUGGACCUGCAAUCAUCAGCUGGGAAUACAUUUCUGGUCAAAGCAUCAUACCUGAUGGGGAAUGCUAUGCUGAGUUUUUCUACAACUGGUACUUUCUCAUCACAGCGUCCACCAUUGAGUUCUUCACCCCCUUCAUCAGCGUGUUGUUUUUCAACUUGAGCAUUUACUUGAACAUCCAGAAACGCACUAAGGUCCGCUUUGAUGUGCUACAUGCACCACAGAGCCAGAAUUUCAUGGAAGAGACAGAAAUGAGUCCAGAAUCCAAGUUCUCCAUGAAAUGCUGUAAGUGGGAGCAGAGAGAUGUUACAGAAACCCUGGAUGUUCCCAAGUGGGAGGCUCAAGAGGAACACGCCCAGGAGGACAUGGAUGCAAAAUAUUUGGAGGGCUCAAACACAGAGAGCACUGGGCCUCUCAACAGCAAACGGAAACCCUCUAGCAAAAGGAGUGAUAAGGAGUUGAUGUCCACGCAUUCUUUGGAGAAACAGAUGAAGAUGGCUUCCCAAAACAUGACACGUUUUAGGCUCAACAGGGAUAAAAAAGUAGCCAAAUCUCUGGCCGUCAUUGUGGGAAUUUUUGGCCUCUGUUGGGCUCCGUACACACUUCUUAUGAUUAUCCGAGCCGCCUGCCAUGGUCACUGCAUUCCCGAGUUCUGGUAUGAGACAUCUUUCUGGCUUCUAUGGGUCAAUUCUGCCAUCAAUCCAAUCCUUUACCCACUCUGCCACUACAGCUUCAGGAGAGCUUUUGUUAAACUCUUGUGCCCCAAAAAAUUGAAGAUCCAACCUCACAAUUCUCUCCAGAAAUGCUGGAAGUAA